AUGCGCUUGGGUGUUCACAGAAAUGCAGUGAUCCGCACAACAUGGCCUCGAUCGAGGCAUACCCAAUCGUUUCGCCAUUUUACGUAUACUUCGCGCUCUCAUUCCAUCAGUCCGGACCCCCCGAUUCGAGAAACUCCUAACCCGAACGCCAGAAACAUUGCAAUACUGGGUGGUGGUGUGACUGGCCUCGCAACAGCUUGGAAUUUGACCAAGCGCAUUCCGGACGCGAAAAUCACAUUAUAUGAAAAGAACGAUCGGCUUGGAGGCUGGGUUGGCUCGGAGCAAGUCCAGGUGAAGGAUGGAGACGUGCUCUUCGAAUGGGGGCCCAGGACUCUGCGUCCAGCUUUAACAGGUGCUGGGAGAGCCACGGUCGACUUGCUAUUAGAACUCGGCCUGUCGCAGCAAGUGAUUCCCAUCUCAAAACGAAGUCCCGCGGCUCUAAACCGAUUCAUUUACUAUCCCGAUCACCUCGUGCUGAUGCCCGGCCCUGUUUCGGGAGUAUGGGAUGGUGUCCAGCGACUGAUGUCGUUGUGGUCCGAACCAAUUCAUGAGGGGGUGGUGUCCGGCCUCUUGGGAGAAACCUUUGUCUCCCCUCGUGGUUCAGAUGUCGAAGAUGAGUCUGUGGGACAUUUUUUGAGGCGAAGAUUCGGGAAAAACAUCGCAGACAACAUCGCCUCAGCCUUCUUCCACGGUGUCUAUGCUGGUGACUUAUACCAGCUGAGUGCUCGUACUCUAUUGUCAAGUGCUUGGUUUUUGGAAGGCGACGAGCCGCGAAACGAACUCGGAGUUCUAUUGCAAAUGAUACUUCAAGGGCUCGGACGCGAAAUGCUCAUCCCUGGCAGAAUGGCUAGGUACUUGAUGAUGGAACAACAUGAACAGUCUGGCAAGUUCGAGCCAAAACUCGAAGCAUUGAAGUCUCUAUUGAGAAGAUCGAGUGUAUACACCUUCAAAAGAGGGCUAGGUGAACUCACCACCUCGCUAGAGUCUGCCUUGGCACGGAAUCCCAACGUCAUGAUGCUAACCUCGUCACAAGUCAAAAGUGUCGGUUUCGAUAGGAACGAAAAAUGCUUCCAGGUAGAUUGUUCCAGUCAGCCUCAGUCGGCAGUCGACAUCAAGUACGAUUACGUGGUGUCUACUCUGGGGCCAAACGUUCUUCGGGACUCGCUACUCGAGACAGAUGGCAGCGUCUCUUCAGCCUGCGUGAAUAGCAAUCGUGCUGUGAGCGUCAUGGUAGUGAACCUUUAUUACAGCAACCCAAAUCUCAUCCCGCCUUCGCAUACCGGGUUUGGAUAUCUGAUUCCACGUUCGGUGCCGUACGAACAGAACCCAGAGCGUGCUCUCGGCGUCAUUUUCGGUUCCGAAACUUCCGGCAACUCGCGCGAGGCUCGCGAGGAGAAGCUGAGGUACAUGAUUGAAUCAUUGGAGCUGGAAAAUGCGGCUCGACAAAACAAAGACAAUAACCCUGUUGAUGUAGAACAACACAAGCAAGACGGCAAUGUCGACAGCAGAAACGACAGUAGUGUUGACGAAGCAAGCAACCGUAUUGAAAAAUUGCUGAAAGAGUUUGAUCAGGACUGUGGACAGGGUCAGGAUACUGCACCGGGCACCAAAAUCACGGUCAUGAUGGGCGGUCACUGGUGGACAGGCUGGAAGUCGGAUGAGCUUCCGAGCGAGAAGGAGGCCAUUGAAAUGGCCCAGAGUCUGCUUAAGCGGCAACUCGGCAUCACUGAAGAGCCCGAGGUCGCAAAGGCACGACUGAACCGCAACUGCAUCCCUCAAUACACGGUCGGAUACCACGGCCGCAUGAACACCAUCCACGAAGCACUGGUUAGGGAUUUCCAGGGACGCUUCAAGGUUGCCGGACCCUGGUGGCAAGGAGGGGUAGGUUUGAACGAUUGCGUUCAAAAGGCCCGUGAGACGGCUUGGUCGAUCCAGCACCAGUGGGACGACAAGACUGGGUUGGAAGACGUUGUCAACGAUCAAGAUUACCAUCGGCGUGAUCCUGCUUCUUGA